AUGGUCGUCAUUAAACGUCCACUCGAACACUUUGAUCGAUGUGGUUUCUCUCAAAACAACACGGGUGCUUCUCUCAUUGAAAGUUCUCGCAUCAGUGGUCACAUGCUUCAAGGUCGAAAUAUGAACUCCAUGACAGGUGUCUUGUAUCAAUUGUCAGCUCUUGCAACAACCGCUAGUGAAAUUUUCAAUUCAUUAUCAGAGAGUGCUCGUGGUACUUUUGAUCGUAUCAAUGCAUUAAAUACUCGUAUUCAACAAAUUAACAACAAAUUACCUGAAUAUGAACAAUUUAUGCAUAACAAUAACAACAAGUUACUCUUUUCAGCUUCAGGUUAUGAAUUAACAGAAGCAAAUAUUGCAGUCUUGUAUCGAAAGGAUCAUUCGAACAUUUCGAAAGAGAACAAUCCAUUACCUUUGAAUUUACAAUAUACGAAUGCGUGUUUGCCAGCUCCUGAAUUUUCUCCUCUUCUCGAUCAAUUACAUGAAUGGAAUUCACAACAACAACAAAUGAAUGGUUCCGAUGAGCAAGGUAAUGAUUCGAAACAGCAACAAGGAGGUGCUUCAUUACCCAAAUACAAAAAGUGUAUUGAAGCAUAUACUGAUUCUAAUUUCUUCUUUAAUGAAUGGGCCAAACGUGAAUUGGAACGACUCAAGAAGGCCAAACAAAAGAGAAAGGAAGAACGUAAGAGACAACGAAUGGAACGACAAAAUGUAACAGUCACAAAAGAGAAGAAACAAGUCAAGCAAAUGAAAAUUCAUCGUAAAAAGUACAAUUCUGAAGGUCAAAUUAUUGAUUCUGGUAAUAGUAGUGGUGGUAGUGGUAGUGGUGGUAAUCAAAUGCAACGAGUGGCUUCCAGUGCACAAAUGUCCAAUUCCAAUUCAAAUGGAUAUCCACAACAAGAUUCAAGUCCACGUCAUACUCCUCAACAACAACAACAAACGUCCUCCUAUUAUGAAACUUCCUCACCAAACGCCAUGAUGAAUCAUUCAUAUGAGACAUCUUCCUACAGUGCCGUACCAACUCCACCUCCAAUGAUGAAUUCCACAAAUUCAAGAAGUGUACCUCCUCCACCUCCAAUGAAUGGUGGUUAUGGAUCUUCUCCAAUGAUGAACAAUUCCAAUAAUGGUUAUUCUACACCUCCACCUCCUCCAAAGAUGAAUACAGGAGGUGGCAGUGGUGGUGGUUAUGGAGUUCCUCCUCCACCAUCCAAUGUUCCAACUCCUCCACCAAUGAUGAAUACUGGAAGUGUUCCUCCACCACCUCCAAAAGUCAUGAAUGUACCUCCUCCUCCACCAAGUAAUAACUUUGUGGUGACACCUCCACCUGUUGCUGCAACAACUGGAGAAGGAAAUAUUGACAUUUUGAAGACAGUCGAAUCGAACAAGUCUCAAAUGAAUCGUGUGGCUGUCACUGGUCGUGCCAACUUGUUGGAUGAAAUUAGAACUGGUAAGGCAUUGAAAUCUGUUGCUGAAAGAAAAUUGGAACCAAAGAAAGAGGAAGGAGGAGCUAUGAGUGUGGCCGACAUUUUGUCAAAGAAAUUCGAAAAGGUCAUGGGAGAUUCGGAUGAUGAAGAUUCUGAUACUGACUUUUCUGAUUCUGAUUGGUAA